AUGUCUGUGCCUGCCCGCAAGCCCCGCCGGGAGUGCUUCACUGCGUCUGGAAGCGUCGUCCGCGCCCCGACCGACUGGCUGGCGCGCUACCGCUGCCCGCGAGGCGAUGCUCCAGCGCCUGCGGCUGCACCCUCUGUGCUUGAGGUUGCACCCUCUGUGCGCACGGCACCACUGGCCUGCUUCCAAAGCGGAGAGUGGAUUGAAGGCCCGCAUUUUCACGAACGGCCAUACAGGCCGAUGGACGCUUGGCAGAGUUCGUGUGACCGGCACGGCAGCAGGCGGCAAUACGGUAAUUGGCUGUGGAGAUCACACGCGCCAAACUGUGAGCAUGCCGUGUCUGACAUCUACUCCCUCUCAUUGUGCGGUGACAUUGCGGCGCGGAACAAGGUCACCAACAUUACCAUAGUCGGCGACAGCUUAAACUUUCAAAUGUUCGCCUCCCUCGUCCUGACCUACGGCGACAAUUCGAGGGACAUCCAGAAGGGACCGUGCGAGUAUUGCUCUUCGUUUUGGGACAUCAUCUCGCGAUCAGACGUUGCUCUCUUUAAUCGCGGCAGUCACUACGUCGAUCCUGCCACACUUCUCAUCGAGACCACAACUUUUGCCAGUCGACUGAGCUCCUAUCCUCACGUCGCUGCUUUUUGGCGAACCACCCUCCCCGGUCACCCUGGCUGCGAUCGAUUCACGACCCCAACACCCUCGACAGAACGCUUUGUCAACAGCCCGCUGCCAUACCACUGGGAUGAAUUCGCCUCACAGAAUAGUCUGGCGGUUGCGGUGCUGCGCAAAGUGGCUCGCCCGCGCGUGUCGAUUGUGGACAUCUACAACUUCACCAUCGGACGGCGCGAUCGCCACCAGGGGAAGGGCGACUGCCUUCAUUAUUGUCUGCCUGGCCCGCCGGAUGACUGGGUGCGGCUCUUUAUCUAUGCGUUGAAAUUACGGCAACGUAUCACGUCACCGCUCUCGCUGCCGCAUAACACAUCAGCAGUCUUUCGCGCAUAA